AUGGGCGGAGCUACUUGUUGGAAGUACCUCCCAAAGCUCCUUUCCUUGCACAUCUGCCUCUGCGUCUCUGGCUCCGUGGUUAACGUCUGGCCGUCUGUCCUGCGCAAACAUUGCGAAAAAGCUGGCGAGAAACGUUUCCGACUGACCCUUCCGCCCAAUCACACUGGAGUGAUCACUUGUCGCCGCAGACAAAUGACCGUCUCCUACAACUUGGACGUGUCCAGCACGUCGAUCAUCGCCUUUCUGAAGCUUCAGCUGCGAUGGAGAGGCUCCAUUUGGAAGUCUGUCAUGAAGGUCAGUUUCAAUUUUGGCGUUUUCUACAGUUUUAAACUUUUUUUUUCCGAACAAAGCGCUUCUUCUCACCCUUUUUUUUACUUUAACCCGGGAAAAAAGUAUAUCAUGGAUCUUUCGUAAAACUUUACGAGUUUGAAGAAGUAUUUUUUUCAAGACUUGUGAAUUUCUUUUUUUAAAUUCUGUUCGUUUUCGAUUCCUAGCUCUUAGUUCUGCAUGGGUUGAACAUAAAAAGUUCGUAAACUUUCCUGAUUAUCUCAUCAUUUUGGUCUUGUUGAGCUAGAUUUUUUUGUUUUUCUUGAGUAUGAAUGGAGGCUUAUUCCUUUUUUACGAAAUUGAACUGAAACAUAUUGAAAGAAAUUUUUUUCAUUAUGUAACUGGAUUAAUAUUUUUGAAUUAUUAGUUUUUGAAUUUGACUCUGGUAUUUUCAUGAAAAGAAAAACCCCUUUUAAAAAAAAAAAAAUCCUCGUUAACGCGAUCAUCCCACAUUGCUACUUUUCGUUAUGAAUCAGGAAAUGAUUCAUCGAAUCAAUCGUUUUAGCAAAGGGUUAAUCUUGAGCCGAUGAUAAACUAAAAAAAUAUUUUUACUCAUAUAAUCUUUCUACAUUGUAUUUUGAUCUCGAGACCCUUGAGAUUUUUCUAAACUACAAAAAACUGCAAAAAGCUUACGGCAAGCCGAAUUCCCAAGCCGUCUCCGAUCCAAGUACUACCGGCUCUCAACGUUGCUUAACUUGCCAGAUCGGACGGGAUGGCGUGUUUUCAACGUGAUAUGGUCGUAAGCGAACGAGGCGGUUCGCUGAGGCCACAUACUCUUGGAACUGAACCGCUUCGUAGGGAGUGAAAAUUUGUGAAAUACCAACUUGAAAUUAUACGUUUAUUUCUUAAGAAAGAUAACUAGAGUUUUUUGGAGUUUUCUAAGAGUUCUAGUUCCUUUUUAUCUCUGAUAGGUCUGUUUGAACUAUUCUAUCGAACCAUAGUUCGCUCAAGUCUCCUUCUUCUCCAAUUUCGUGUCUAGGAAUGGUUUAAUUCAAUUGUACUCAGUUUUUUAAUUUCAUUUUUUUCUGAUUUGAACGAAAAGCGCAAAUGAUUUGAGUGAUGAACUUGUUCGAUUUUUUUCUCCUUUUGAAUAACCACAAGAUUAAUGAAGCUUUUUAAACUUCUUUUUCUGUUCAGGAGUUGGUCAUAUUCACAACGUUAUUCGCUUUUGUCACAACAGUGUAUCGGACGAACUACUUUUUAUCCGAAGAGCAAAGAAAGUGAGUUUUUUUUCAGGCCCAACCAAAUAAAAAUUGUUGAAAUAAAUGAGACGUAGAGUUUGACCAAAAAAAUUUGGACAAACUUUGAAAUUUUCUUGGAGUCUAGAAACCAUUUCUCUAAAAAAAGUAAGGAUUUUUUUCGAUUUAAAAAAAUACAAUUAGAAUCGCAAUAAGAACAUGGGGAAGAUGGCAUUUUAAUCCUGAAUCUCAUUUUUAUUGCCUCAUUAAAUCGCAGAAGUUCUUCAUUUUCUGAAAUUUCAAGGUUCUGGGACAACUUCUCGGCCUUGUUCGACCAGAAGCUUGACUAUAUUCCUCUCACAUUUAUGCUCGGAUUUUUCGUGACGAUCAUCGUCGGCCGCUGGAACGACAUUUUCAACAACAUUGGCUGGGUGGACAAGUGAGCUUUCAACGCCUCGAAAACGAUUAACCCUAAUGGAUACCACAUGUCUUCGAUAUGUGCUUCUAUUUUUAUUCUUUUGAUAGGCUUUUUUGAAAAAAAUUUUCAAUUGGGCGGUUUUUUUAUCAUUUUUUUCGAAAAAAAGAGUUAUCAAAACUUCAUUCAAACUUUUUUUGCUUAAGAUUAAAAAUAAAAUUUAUUUAGAAAUGUUCUGAAGUUGAGAAACGUAACUCACGCCUACGUAUGUUCUGAAAUCAUCAAAAAAACCUAAGCGCCACUUUUUUUGUCAGAACUUUCUCCUCUUAUUAUACUAGCUUUAAGAAAAGAUAAUCAUGUAUCCUUCAAAUCGAAAAAAAGUUUUCGAGAGUGAUGUCGUGAAAGAUCAAUUGACAGUUAUGAAAGGAAAGCAUUCAAUUAAAAAUAAAGGUUUUUUAUAAAAUUUAAACAAACGACAAGUCAUGAGAAAAACAUUUAAUCGAAGGAAAACGUCAAACCAAACUUUUUCAUUUGUUUCGAUAGCCUCUUUUUCUCCAACCUUUUCACUAAAAUAAAAAUAUCCCAAGAUUUUGUGACUUUUAUUUUGCCUCUUUCCAGCACCGCUCUCUUGUUAGCCACCUACAUCCGAGGAAGCGAUGAAAAAAGCCGGCUGCUUCGUCGAAAUAUUCUUCGCUACAUGGUCCUGACGCAGGUGAUGAUCUUCCGGGACAUCAGCAUGCAGGUCCGUCGAAGAUUUCCGACACUCGAAACUGUAGUUGCCGCAGGUUCUCUUAUUUGGGAGCCAAUUCUUAUGAUGGAAUUUCAGGAUUUAUGUUGGAGGCAGAACGGGAGAAAUACGAAGAGCUGCAGCUCAAGUAUAAUAAAUACUUCCUGCCGAUCCAGUGGUGUUUCACUCUUUUAUACGAGGCCCGGACUCAGGGAAAGAUCGGUGCUGAUGUCAUGCUCAACGAGUUGAUCAAGGUCGAUAUUUCAGAUCCUUUUCUGAACUGUAAUUCAAUUUCAGAGCGUUUCUGAUUUCCGUCGAGGUCUUGGACAACUCUGUAACUUUGAUUGGGUGCCGAUUCCAUUGGUGUAUCCUCAGGUAAAAAAAAGAUAGAAGUUUCUGAAAAUUCUAGAUUUUUAGGUAGUGUUCCUGGCGGUCAGAAGCUACUUCUUUCUUUGUUUGAUCGCCCGCCAAUCGGUUCUUAUCGAUGGCGAGCCGCCAAAAGAUAACAAUCCGGUAGGUUUUGGAGGCUGAUUAAUCAACUUCACUGUGAUAGGCAGGGGCUACUGUAAAUGAACCUCUUCCAAAAAUUCGAGUUUUUGGCUUUAAAUUAACGGCUGUUUCUUCAUAGUGCUCUCAAAUCUUAAUGAACUCAAUUAUUAGGUCAAUUUUCAGGUCAAGUUAAAAAUGUUGACAUGAAAAUUAUAGAAAAAAAAACACAAAAAUAUAAAUAUAUAUCGAAAGCAUUGAAGUUGAACUCCGAUAAUAUGUUUUUUGAAACUGCAACCUCGAGAUGCACAGGUCUAUCCAUUGGUGCCGUUCCUCAUGACUGCUCUACAGUUCAUUUUCUACGUCGGAUGGAUGAAAGUCGCCGAAAGUUUGAUGAAUCCUCUCGGAGAAGACGACGACGACUUCGAGUGCAACUUUUUGUUGGAUAGAAACUUGGCGGUAAGAAUUCAGAAGUUGUCAGUUCUGAUUACCUUUUUCGUUCAGGUAGGUCUCACCAUCGUGGAUGACUGCUACAAUGAAGCUCCAGCUCAACAGAAAGACAUUUUCUGGAGCGUCGGUAAUUUUUAUCGUUUCGGACUUUAACAAGUUUGAAAAAAAAAAUCAGACGUCGUCGAGCCGCUGUACUCUUCCGGAACUGCUCUGAAGCCGCAAAACCCGAGAAUCGGCUCUGCGACGAAUUAUGAGUGAGUUCAAUGAUUCAUGGUUUCUAUUCUCUUUUCAUGACAGGGUCACUGAAAAUGAAGUCGUCAUGAUGCCGCACGUCGACAAUGAAGCUUAUGAAGAGGGGAUGCUCGAAGACGUCGAAGGAACGCGUCUGCUGCCUCGAGGUCUUUUUAUCGAUCCUGAAGAAUUCAGCCUGGUCGCAUGUAGAAUGGCUCAACGCGGUGCGGUUGCGCUACGGUUAAAGCUAGUUUGGAUGAUAAUUGACUCGGUUCAAGGCUUCGUUGAACCAAAUUUUUUUUCCGAAUAUUUGAAAACUGGCUCAUGAAAGUUUGAAGGAGACAACUUGCAAAUGAAUUCAGCCGUCGCUAUGUUUUUCAAUGCCCUAAGCCAGUUGUGAACCGUCUAAAAUCUUAUGCCAGUCUGCGCAAGCCGUUUAUAGUCGGGCGCACUUUCCUGAUGACCUACGCGUGUAGUUAUUCUACAUGCGACCAAUUGUAUCAGACGACGCCAAACCGACUAUGUAUUUGUUGUUUCCAGGUGUUUCGGUCGUUUCCGUCAAUCGCCAAUCUGAAAGUCGGACCAGCCUUGCCAGCCGAAACAAGGGCUUCUUCACGAGUAUCAAAAAUCACAUAUCAGGGUUAGCAUUGCUCAUCUUAGCUCAUGGUUACUGGAAUUCAGAACUCCAAGAAAAGUGAGCCGUCCGAAUCGACUUAACUCUUCAAUGUUCUCGAUAAGUACAAAUGCUGGCGAGGUUUCACAAUUUUUUUCUUUUCAGGGACUGAACUUCUUUUCAGAACAACUUUGGCGAGAGCUCUUUGAGCAUUUUGGACGAUCUUGCUGAAGAAGCGAAACAGAGCCAAAUGAACCAGGUUCUGACGCCGGAAGGUGAGGAUUUUUGGAGGUUCUUUCAAAGGAAGAGCGUUAUUUUCAACCCAAAAAAUUUAUGAUUUAUGAAAUAUUCCAGGGAGAACAAUUUUUGAAAAUUUGAGAUCCUUUUGAUGCGAUUUUUAUCUGAUGAAGGCUAUUCGCGCGAUCUUUUGAAGUAAAAUUCUCGAAGUAGCCUAAUCUCAACUUCUCAGAGUGUCUUUAAAGCUUCAGAAGUCCAUUUUACUCAUUAAAAAAAAAUAUUGUCCAGCUUAUUUCCAAGAUAGGUUAGAAUCCUAAGACCAAGAAUAACUCAGGAUUCUUUAUUUGCGAGUAAAUAUUCUCUAACUUUCCAGAAAUGAGCUCACCCCGACGAACACCAAUAGACGUGCCGCUGACGUCGGUGCCAGAAGAAGACGAAGAAGUUCAGCGGACGAAAAGCUCGGCCGACCUGAAGAAGUGGAAGCAGGCGCUGGACAGGGAACUCCAGGGAGACGCCGAGAAAGAUAAGCAAUCGGACUGA